AAAUAAAACAUUAGUAGAAUGCUUGGUGACUUUAAAAGAAGAAGCUCCAUGCAUAACACUUAUCCCACUAGAGGGCCUUGUGGUACCUCAUAUUACAAUAGAGAACUUUACUGCAGCCAUUCCCAAUCAUCGCUGCUGGGCCCCCAUCCUUGACAAUGACACUGCCUCUGAUAAUGGCAGUAGGAUCCUGACCCAAGAUGACCUCCUGAGAAUCUCCAUCCCCCUCGAUUCCAACCUGAGACUGGAUAAAUGUCGUCGUUUUGCCCAACCACAGUGGCAUCUUCUUCAUUUGAAUGGCACUUUCUCCAAUGUGACAGAGCCAGACACUGAGUCCUGUGUGGAUGGUUGGGUGUAUGACAGGAGCAACUUCCUUUCUACCAUUGUGACUGAGUGGGACCUGGUGUGUGAAUCUCAGGCACUGAAUUCUGUUGCUAAAUUUUCAUUCAUGAUUGGCCUAUUUAUAGGGGCUAUCAUAUGUGGCCAUCUGUCAGACAGGUUUGGGAGGAAGUUAAUUUUAACAUGUGCUUUAUUACAAUUUGCCAUCACUGAAACCUGUGUAGCUUUUGCCCCCUCCUUCUUCAUCUACUGCUCACUUCGAUUCCUGGCAGGAAUGUCUGUGGAACCCAUAUCAGUAAAUAGUCACUUGCUCAUGUUAGAAUGGACAAGCCCUAAAUUCCUAGGCAUGGUGGCAGUACUUACAUCUUGUGCUGCUAGUAUUGGAUACAUGAUAUUGGCAGGCCUGGCUUUUCUAUUUAGAAUCUGGCAUCACCUCCAGCUAGCAAUGUCUGUGCCAAUGUUCUUCUUCCUUAUACUCACAAGGAGGACACGAAACACUGUCAGAUAAGACUGAGGGGACUGAAUUCUACCUAAACUUGAGGU